AUGGAGCAAGGCAGCGCUCGCUCGCUGCUCCGUGCGAGCGCUACAGACGCUGACGCCGUGCGUCAGUACCUGCAGUCCAUCGAGGCCGACGAGCUUAACGGCCUCUUGGACAGCAUCGCUCCGCGCGACGCCAAAUGCGGCAAGAAGAAGAGCGAGUUCCUCGUGCAAGAUGAUUGGCUGCCAUUGGUGCACCUUCUAGUCCAGUGCGAGGCCACGCGACUGCGUGCUGCCUCUAGGAUCAUCCAGGUAUUGCGUCGAGGCAGUCCCAGCGAGCUGGAGAGUAUGCAGCUGCUCACAGAGAUCAAUCUGGGCUACUCCAGUGCCCUGGACGAGCUACAGGAGCUUAAGAAGAAGAAAUUACAGCACUUAGUUAAGAGGAAGAAGCUCCUGGACGAGAUUCACGUGGUACUGGAGAUCGUAUUCAGCUUUUUAGAGGAAGCGGUGACCAACGCCAAGCCUAGUAACGGCAAGGUGCUACCGCAGCUACUGGGACUUGUGCCGUACUUUUUAGGGAUGAGUGGAGAGCUGAGGGACGAGAUUGGGACCAGUGAGAGCUUGGCCAAGUUGCUGGAGCUGCCCUGGAGCUGCCAGACGGUGCCCAGUUUGCUGGACGUGCUGGUGGAGGACAGUGCGUUGAUGUCGAAGGGGAGCUGGCAACAACUUCAGGAGAAUGUGGAGCGUAUGGUGACGACGUCGCCUGAGAUGGCGAGCGAGACGAUGAACCCCGUGAUUCGAGAGUGUGUGUUGGUGGCGAAUGUUACGGGUGACCAUAAAUGGAUUGGUAUUGCGCGGUAUUUACUGCGGCAACUACCGGCACAUUUGCGGCAAGAGGCAGAGUUCAACUUGCAGAUGAGCUACAACCAAUCUCCACGCAUUGUGUCGCUCGUGUGCGAAUCCAUUCGAUCCAGUCAGAUGUCAGAAGGUGAUGUCGUUAUGCAGGAUGCUAGCAGUCUGUUCGAUGAUCCAGAUUGUGGCGCACUAGACCUCAAGGCAGACUGGCGAGACCUUUUCCUGUUGCUCCAUUCGCUCCAGGCAUCGAAACCGAUUUUGCACCAUCGAACUUCAUCCUCUCGUGUCGCAACUGAAGCAUCCGUGUUCACAGACAUCGAGCAGCUCGCGUGGUGGAUUGUGCAGAGUGAUUUCGAAGUAUAUUCAAGUACUGGAAGUUCGCGAACAGCGAGUAAAACUAUAGAAAAGCACGUGCUAGAUCAAGUGGAGCUCCUGUUGAACUUCGGUGGCAAACAGAUCCAUUCUCGCGAGUGGAAAGCUCUGCUUUUGAUGGACAUUACUUUCUUCUGGAUAGAGCAAAGUACUUCGGCUAGAGGCGACGACAAGGUUGCGACUUCAAAGUCUGCACAUGCGCUGAUGUUAUUGGAGGCGAUAUUCGAGACGGCACCAGAGACCCGAGCUGAAGUGCUGAGCAGUCUGUUUGAACGCUCUCAAAAGCCUACGCAAAGGAAGGUUGCUGGACAAACACUUUCACGACUAUUUAUUUCGCAAUCAGGGAAGCUUUUCCCGCACCUGAAUGCCAUUCAAGAUUGGCUGAGCAUGCAGUUUCAACGCUCAUUCGACAGUGCUCGGGAGUUUUUCCUUAUUGCUUCCCGUUUGGCAAUAGCGUACAAAGAUCUUUAUAACUUUCUGAUGGUGUUUCUACGGAAAUUAUUGUCAACUGGCAGCCGAUUGCAUCAACGGUUUGCUGUGGAUAUGUGGUGUACGUGGCUAGACCACCGACUUCCUUUCAACGAGCAACAAGAAGAAGAAAUUGUUUCUGUACUCAAAAACAGUGUAGCAGCUUGUCACGACAUCCAAGCGUGGUUGUUCGGACGGUUGGAGCAGGUAUUUAAGCGUAGUGGUGUCGGUAUACAGGGACCCGCAGUUUUAUUGCGGAAAAGCUCGUGGGAGGAGUUCCACAGAUUUUUCUCUCGAGAGGUUGGCAAGUUUGUAGUGCCAACAACUUCGGCUAUCACGGAAUACGCAGACGAAGAUGAUGACGCAGACGAGGAGGAGGAUUCAGGCUUACCUCGUUUUCGAUUCAGCUCUCUGGACGCAUUUUAUCAACAGAAUGCUAGCCUGGAUGGCGCGGCUGCGAUCGGGUUAGUAUUCCAAAAGUUAUUGUCAUGCCUGAUUCAGUUUGAGAAAGCUGCACUCCAGUCGAAACGCUCAUCCGACGGCUUGCCGAUCGAGGGUCUCAAUGAGAAUGACAGCGAUAUCAAGCAGUGGCUCGUUGACCUGGUUUCCAAUUGGAAAUAUUUCUUUCACUGGAUAUGCCAGGACUUUGACAACCUGUUGAAUCAAUCAGCACAUGGUAGAACUUGCGAGAAGAGCGCGUGGUGGAAACUUGUUGCUCGUAGUUACAUUGGUUGUGGCAUUUGCAAUAUUUCGAUUGAGAUGCUGAUGUGGAAGCGACAAGUCUCCGGCAUUCAGGACGUAUUGGCGUUUCGUGGUGAUGAUUGCGAGAUUUCGGUGUGGUCUUUAAUGGAAGUGGAGUUCAGUUUGCAUCGGGUGGUACAGAAACUGGCCUCGCAUUAUGCAAAUGAGAUGGGCACAAGUCUCUCGAAGGAGUACGUCAAGGCUGCGUCGUACGGGCUUCAAAGAGUUCUACAGCACGAGAAACUACAAUUUUUGACAGCUCUUAAGAAUAUCCUUCAGGAUACUCCAGCAUCAGACUCUUUGCUGCAAGGAGGACUAAGUGGGAUGUCGUUUGACGCUGCUCUGUUCACUCUGGACUCGUGUUGCAGAACCCCCGGCGAUGAAGACGUGUUAGGGGCGUUUUAUCCUCGUGAUAUCGAAGAAGACGGUCUAAGCGAAGCUGGGCGUAUUCUAGAGGUUUUACUGUGUGUCUAUCUCAGUGUUCGUGAUCGUGUUGUAUCAGUGUCUGACGUGCCAGAUACCGACGGGAUCGACAGUCUCUCCAAGGAUAAAAAUGGUGGGAAGGAGGAGUCGAGCUAUAGUUUCCAAUUCUCGCUGUACGCAGAUUCCAUUUCCGCCAAAUUUCCAGCAUCGGCGCGACAUCUCGUAGCACCUGGCAAAAAUGCUAAAGCAGUUGUUCUGCUCGACACAAAAGGAGGAGAAGAGAUGCUGGAGCAUGUUUGUGCUGCAAUUGAACGGAUCCUGGAUAUGAUGAUUAAGGCCUCAAAUCUUCAUUCGGUGCAUGAACAACUUGGUGAAGUGUUGCAUAGUUUAUCGCGGAGUGGACAAAACCAGUGGCCUGACGGUCAAGGAAACAGCGGCAACAAUAAUUUUGGCCGUUUGUCCUGCUACUUUUUGAGUGACGUCAAGGAGUGCGUACAGCUGGAUGGCCUUACAAAGCUGAGCGUGUCGUGCGCAUCGCUUAGCAAGCGGUUUCGGGACAUUGCUGCGGAGAUAGCGGAUGGGAACGAGGACUGCUCAGACUCUUAUGCGCUCUCUUCGCUUGCGUACGAUGUCUUGUGCGACAAUGUUGUGUACAAUCCACGACUUCUUCGACUUCUGUUGAGUAUUUGUCUCCCAACUCACCUCGCACUUCACAUCCGAACGUUUGUGACGCUGGAGAGGAAGAUUGAAGGAAUUAUGCAUGCGUGUGGAAUCAAGUCAACAGAAGAUGAGACCGCAUCAAGUCACUCGAGCAAGAAGAACAGAAAACGCUGGCACGAUCUCAAGAAAAAGAGACAAAAGAAUGAUACUCCAGCUCGCCGGAAGCGUUUACGACAAGACUUUGACGCCAGGUCUUCUUACGGAUUAAAAGUGGACUCUGAUUCGGAUUCCGAUGCCAGUUACGCUUCCGAUCCCGUUCGAUCUGACGACUCCAGCACAUCUAUUACCGCUACAACCAAUCAAGCUUCACUCAGCAGUGAACGUAUUCCACACAUUCAGUCUCAUGCAAGCCAAACCAUCGCCAUUUUAGCUGUCUUAGCUGUUCUCGAGCAAUCUCACGCCGCCCUGCUCAGUGCCAUCACCACUAAAACCGGCAGCAGUGCGCCCAGCUCGUUUCCCCAUCAGCAGGAAAUUUCGGGUUACAUUCGGAUUCAUGAAUUAGUCAACAAGGCGAUUGGCGACGAUCAAGGCUUUGCGUGGGGGACCCGAAAAGUGCUGCUGAAGAUACUUCAUAUGAUCGAAUUAGGCUUGCGCAUUGGUAAAGCUAGUGGAGUGUUGCGGAAGGGGGACAAGCCGGAACUCGGCCUAGUGAACGACACCAUAAUCUGGAUCUAUGAAGCUUCGGUAACGUCGGCAUUGACAAGUCGAGUGUGGGUUGAAGGGAUUAAGGAUGCAAGCCAAGACCCCGGAACGAAAGCGAAGGUAUCUGCAACGUUACUCAAGAUGGAUAUUUUUUUCCUGCAAGUUCCGGGCACCGUGCAAUCGUGGCUGAAGGACGUAAGUACAUCCGUUAUCAAAUAUUCUUGCCUUACAGCCAACUCAAGAAUGUUCGCGCUUUUGAAUUCGCUACAGGCCACGCUGAUGGAUGAGACCAGGGGGCGCUUAAAGGCGUUAGCGACGCUAGUUAAACAGAGGAUUGCCCCUACAGACCAAGAGAGUCUUCGCCGUGGAAAGGCAAAGGCUCGACAGCGUCUACUGGGUGUUGUUCCUAUUGUGAAGAAGCGGCGCAAGCGCCUUCGAAGUCGCCACCCUAUCAUCGACGCGUUCCUCAACGAAGAAGACGGCGCAGAUGCGUUUGCUGACUUGGAAGAUUUUAUUGAAUAG